CAAUUGUGCGAACUGCGAAGGUCUCAAACGUCAGCUUUGUUUUGUGUUUUCCUCAUCCUCUCCUAUCUAAAAUAAUUAUUCACACCAUUUAUCUGUGCACAGACUAUUGUAUCGGCACUUAUCAUAAGUUUUUAAUCGCAUAAAUUAAUGUGAUGGCGCUGACGAACGUGCUGCUGCUAAGCCAAAUAGCUGGCUACCUGGUGGGGUUCAUAUUGUCACUAUGUAUUAUAGUGCCUAUGAGCUUACAUCAGGAGGAAUUCAAUGGUCACUGCCUGCUGUUCUCCCACGGUGAGUGGCAGGAGAAUGGUCAGCUGCUGGUAUCCUGGGCACCGAGGGCUUAUUGCGACUAUGUCAUAGUGGUCGGAGUCCUCAUAUUCCUUGUAUGCUGCGUUCAGAUCUACAGGUUGUCUAUGUUUAUGUACAAGGGCAUAGACAGUUCGUUCCUGUCAGCAUUUCUGGAAGCAGUGGGUUGUAUUCUACUCUGUGGCCUAGCAGUGUCUGCUGCUGUGAUGGUUACUCUUGGGUUUAUGACAUGGUGCCAGAAUAUUGUGGAGAGGUUCCCAAGCUGUGAAGAUGCGGCUGGCCAGAUCAUAGACAUCAAAGAUAAUAUUACAACCAGUGGAUUCUAUAUUGAAAUUGGCUCAACACAGUUUGGAGCAUGGGCUACAUUUGCGACUUGGGUGGGUCUGGCAGUGUUCUCAACAAUCAAGGUGUGUCGGUAUCAUCAACUAGAGAACAUCCAGGUGUCCAUGUACCGCGAGCGACAGCGACUGGUAAACGAAAGUGGCUCCCCCACUACACAAGAUGGUCGCUCCACACCACCCAUUGACAAACCUGAAUAGAUUAAAACAAUGCGAAGUAUCAAUAUUUAAGAGGAGUAUUAUCUAAGAAUUGUAUAUUUAUUGAACAAUCUUUGGAAAUAAAUUACCGAGCUAUUUAUUUCAGCAUCCGAUAAUUAUCGAAACGAGAUUGUCCAUGAUCUUUGUAUCUGUCUCACUUACAACAGGUGCACGGUCACAAGGCUGAUUACGAACUGAUUGUUAUUGAUAGGAUGAGGUAGGCUAGUGGGGCUAGAGGCAAAUUGCGUAAAGUAUACAGACAUAUUAUGUGUAUGAAGAUUCAUAGUAAUCAAUAAUAUUUAAAAUUAUGCCAUGUACAGUAUUUAUAAAUGAGCGAAAAGCAUUAAAUUAUUUAGUCCAUCCAUUAUAUAGCAUCAAUACAAAAAACAACCGAUGAAUUAAAUGAAUUCAUAAAAUUUAAUGCAGUGCCCAGUUAAAUAUUUACUAAAUCAAAUUAAUGCAAUAUUAUGCUAAAGUUUGGCGACACCGACGAUGUAUGUAUAGGAUAUGACAAUGUAUGUAUGUGAUAAUAAUUUAAUCUCCAGUUAUUUUGUACAAAUAGAUGCUUUAUGCAUUGUUUUCUUACUGUAUACUAAAUAAGAUGUUGUUUAAUAUAAUAAAAACCAUUGCGAGUUUACUGUUCUUUGUUGAUAAGUAGAUGAUGUGUUAAUUUGAAGAAAUAAUUAUUUACUUACGGCUUUUUAAUAACGAAACUUUAAAUCUGUGCAGUUAUACUUUUUACAACAAUACUAAUACUCACUUUCAAUCUUUAGUUUAAAAUAAAUAACAAUUUCAAACUACAACUUCUAAUCGGAUUAACAUUUGCCGGUGUAACGUCUCUGGUGUUUCAAGUGUGCGGCAACGAUUGCUCACAAUCAGGUGAUACGCGUGCUCGUCUACCGGCGUGUUUCAUAAAAAAAUACUGUUUACAUUCUAUUCAUUUUCCGAUAUUUUGACUGUGAUAUUUGAAUUUGCGAAAUAUGUGUGUCAAUACAUUAUUAUGUUAACUUUAUUAAAUUAAAAUUGAUGUACGGUAUUGUCAUAUGAAUUGGAAAACCAGUAAUUGUCUAACUAUUCAUAGUAACUUAUUGAUAUAUACUAAUAAUUUCGAGUAAAAUUUGCAUCGAUAUUAUCAGUUUCUUUUUAAAUCUGUUAAAAACCUGAUUGAAUUUUGUAAUGGAUUAACUUAAUUUGAAAUUGAAUUUUAAGAUAAUAAUGUUUGUUUAGUGUUGUAUUCCAAGACACAAAUUAAAAGUAAGACAAAAAAUAGCAAUUAGUUUCAAUGCUUACUACCAAGUUCAAUUAUUAUGAUAUGUAAUUUCGAGUUAUUUGCUGUCACUUUUAUAUUCAAAUAAUUCAUUUACAAAGUAUUCGUGAUUAAAUCCGAAAUUAAAUUUUUAAAUACUACUGAAAGUGAGUAACUACGAUUACCUACCUUUAUUUGUAUUUUACAAAUAUCACAACAAAUCAAUCAGAAACACAAAAAGGGAAACUGUCCGUAACUUCAAUUAAGAGCGGUAUUAAUAUUAUAGGUAUAUGAAUGCAAUUAAACACAAGUUGAAUUCAUUUUUUGUUUAAUUUUUGUAAUUCUCUAUUAUCAAAAUGUAAACAUGCUCAUAAUACAGAGAGCCUGAUUGCAAUAUAUGUACAUGAUUUAAACA